GGAAUGGGCGUGUCUGAGCUCCCGGCGAGGCAACCGGCCUUACAUGAGAUGGUUUGGAUGAUAAUUUAUAUGAUCACCCAACCCAAGAGUGAUUCUGGAGUUUAUGGUGCCUGGAAAUUUCAUCUACUGAUGGGAGAAACAAGUGAAUAUUCCAGGGAGCUUUGAGAGGAGCCCGAAUCAUUGAUGGAAUUGGACGGUGUGUGGAGAUGCUUCAGCAGGAGGAAGGUAAGUGGAGAAGCAAGACCAAGUCACAGUGAGUGACAAUGAGCAUCAUCAACCACCCCAACCAUGACCUUGAUCUUGCCAGGUUCUGCUGGGGGAAGGCAACAACAUAUCGAUGGUGUUAUAGCAAGUGUGUGUGUGUGUGUGUGUGUGUGUGUGUGUGUGUGUAUCUCCAACAAUAUUCCAUAAGAGCUGUUCAUGGCCCUCUUCCUUUUUCUUUCAAUACAUGGCAAAACUAAAUGAAAACAACAAAAUAGCAUCAAGUUUACAAGACUUCCCAAAAUAUAUGGUCACACAUGUUUUCGGGGGAUAUACACAAAUGGUUUUGAUCACUUGAUACCUUGAAAAGAGCUCUUGUGAGACAGAAUGAUAUUGGUAAAUGACGAGUAUGAAAAAGUGUUCAGUGACAUCAAAGAAACAAAUCAACCCACAGAUAAAGAGCUUUGCACUUAGGGAUGUGAACUGGUGGUAAGAGUAAUGAAAAGCCAAGAUGCUGCCUCAGUAAGAGAAAAAAAAUCAACAUAAUAAUGGGAUGCAGCAAGGAGAAUGCUGAGCAGGGGAGAAAAUAUUUUUAAAAAUAAAUUAUUCAUUAACUUUUCAGUAGGUACAGAAAAAAAAAGCAGAACCCAGAAGAUAUCAUGGCAGUCUAAAAGUUUGACAUCUUUCAUGUGUGGAAAAGCCGUAAGAUCUGUUUUAACUUAGAGGAGGUGGGGUGACUUUCUGAAGACCACUAAGAAAAUAUAACCUUUUGGAAAACUGUCUCUACCUUGAUGAUUUUAUACACACAAGAUAUGGACGAUAAGGAAUGUGCUUAGACAUAUUAAGAAAGAGAUGAGUCUACAGCCCUGUCACAAGGGUGUGCAAAUACUGAGUGGGACUGCUGAGGAAGUGGUCCUCAUCAGUGACUCUCAGGUGAGAGCAGGGGGCCUUGGGUUUCAGCACAGCCUGGACAGUUGGAAUGCUGGGCUCUUAAGAUUCCAUGACACCCCCACCUUCUAAUUCUGUUAUUGCAACUGCAGACGGUUACCCAGCACUCUGGCUGCUAACCUCCCUCACUCUUGUAGAGUCUGAGCUACAGGCAGUUCCUUUGGCUCUGAGCUCAGGCAUCCUAAACGCUGCUUUUGCUGUUAAGGACUCUAAAGUGCCCUGGGGCAUUGAUCAAGUUCUUCUUAACCUCCCUAUUGUACCUCUUCUUCCACCAACAUCAGCAUGGCAGAAUCUGCUGAACAUUUAUCCAGGGAGAGGGCAGAGAUGAACAUCUCAGAAAUUACCCAGGAAUUGCGCUCCCAGCUGGCAGAGAGCCAACAGCAGUUCCAAGACCUCAAAGAGAAAUUUCCUGGUCCACCUACUGACUACUGUCUGGCCAAGCAACUGAAGAAAUCCAACCUCGUUUUAGCCCCCUCUGUUGGGAUGAAGAACCCUCCGCAGCUGGAAGAUGAUGCACUCAAAGGCUCAGCAGGCAACACACAGGGGCGUCAAGUCACUGGCAACAUUCAUGCCUCCAGUGUUAUGAAACCAAAGAAGAUGAAAAGAAAACUCCGAUUUGGCAAGUGGAUCCAUUGGGCUUCAUGCUCAGGGUCCAGAGGCACCAAACACUGUCAGAAGGAUGCAAAGAACGAAAGGAUGUGAGAAAAAAAAGGGGGUAGCAAGCUUUUCCACUUGAUGAAAAAACACUAAAAUGGCAAAGCAAGUUCAAGUCCAAACACAAGUCACUGCAGGGAUCCUUCACUGAGGAUUCAAUUUCAGACUACAGAAUGCUCUUGUUGAUUUCAGCCCACUAGGCUCCUUUGAUUCAUCCCCCUCCAAUUGUAAUCAGUACCAAGAGAGUCCAAUUCCCAGAUGGACAAACAGCAUUGACGAGCCUUAGCCCUGCUCCUGUCAGUUUCUAUUCUAUAGAGAACAGGAGUCCAGAGCUGCUGGCAGGGGACAGCAUGUCACCUGGGAUUCUGUCAGGGGACAGCAUGUCACCUGGGACUCUGUCAGGGCAGAGUAUCAAUAAUGUUAUCUUCUUGCUGAAAAUGCUUUGUUUGUAAAGGACAGGUCAGCUGUCUGGCUCAAAGGUCUACAUUCUGAAGUCGACUGAAAGUGUCCUCAUGAUUAAAUUCAGCUUAAACAUUUUGCCAGGAGCACUGCAGAGCCAAUGCUAUGAGCUUCCUACCUCAGUCCAUCUGCGGGCAGAAAAGGCCCAGUAUGUCCAUCCCUAUUAUUGUGAUACUAGCUAGAAUGGUCACUUGGUUCAGGAGGAGUCUAGGAGCUCUGUCUCUUGUAAAGACAGCUUAUUUGUAAUUAAUUUUAAAAGUGGUUUGGAAAAUUCUAAACAUCUGUAUUCUAACCAUCUUUCUCUGACCAUUUUAUCAUCAAUUAAUCAUUCCUGUCUGUGUUAGUUAUUAUAUUUAUAUAUUUGUACAUUGGGAAUAUUCUCUCUCGAAAUUUUACAAUGUACUUGUUUUUACUGGUAUUCUUCACAAAAAAGAAUAUUCCCUGCCCAAAUUUUAACUUUCAUCUAAAAUUAAUUUUAAUUUGUUUUGCUGGCAUUCUGUUGUGGAAAAGAAUAUUCUCUGCCCCAGUUUUAACUUUCACCCAAAAUUAAUUUUAGUCUAUUAGUUAUAAUGUUUAAACUUUAAAUUUGUUUAAUUAAAAAAU